CAGUACAAGACAACACACAGUAGUCCAUCUCGAACUACAAACGAUCUUUGGCUGAGAAAAAUGGCGUCGGAUAAUGGACUGGCCUCUCUGGGGCUGGAGGGAGCGUCAGCAGCUGCACAUGCUCUGUCUCUUCCUGCAGAGGCUUACGGAAACGAUCCCCGGCUUGAGGUCAUGUGGGCGAUGAAGGCCUACAACCACGCAGAAGUAUACUUCAAUCUCAUUUCAUCAGUCGAUCCGAAGUUCCUGAAACUGACGAAACUGGAUGACAAAAUCUACUCGUCCUUCAGAGAGACCUUCAAAGAUCUCGACAUAAAGCUGCUGAAACCAGACGACCUGAAGUCUGACGAGGCCAAAGAGAGAUGGCGUCCGUUCUGUAACCAGUUUGAAGGUCUCGUUGAAGAUUUCAACUACGGCACUCUGCUGCGCCUGGACUGUGAGAAGGACUACACAGAGGAGAACACCAUAUUUGCCACCAGGGUUCAGUUCUUUGCUGUUGAAAUCGCCCGUAACAGAGAAGGCUUCAACAACACCGUCUUCAUGUCCAAAUGUUCAAAGAGCUAGCUUCAGGCCCGUCCAGCCCCGCGCACCAUCAGCAGGACGUCCUCCCGCCUCCUGAGGGUUCAUCCUUUUAUUUUCACUCAACACGUCACGUUUUCUGAAAACGUCAUCUGUUUUGUUAUACUGAAGUCUGACAGCUGCUCCUUUUCCUCCGCUCUGUCUGGACAACAUGUUUUGUAUUUACUGUAAAGUUUGAUUGUGCCAAACUGAAGUGGUCUGUUUAUUUUGUAAUUACGCUCAAGUUGCAUUUUGUUUGCCCGUAAAAGGAAACGACAAAUAAAAAGUCAGCUACAUUUUA